UGUCAAGAGUACGGCAGGAAGAGCAAUGUGUGGGGAAUCCCACUGGACAGCAGCAAGAGAGACAUCAAAGCAGGCCAACAAGUUGGAUGAAGAAGGUGUAGAAAUUGCUGUGUGCAGGCAUGGAUUCCUCCUCAAAGGUCUGAAUAUGUAUAGAGGAGAAAUCUUUGCAUAUCCAAUGUUUCUCCAAAAAGAGUUCCAGAGUGCUGCAUUUUUGGCCAUGGAUGUGACCUGCCGUUAUGUGCCAUACCUGAAGAAGGUGUCAGAGGCCCUGACUCAUCUUCAACCUCUUCAGAAAAUGAGACAUUGCUUGUCCGUUAUGCAUGCCAAAGCCCACAAUACAAAAUGCGAGAUUCUGUGGAAUGCAAGGAACCAGGAAGGUGCCGGAACCACUCUUGGUGAAGAAGUGGAGCAAGUCAAUAGUUUUCUCUCCAGAUGUGCCCUGACCACAAAGUAUAUGUCCAAGUCAGUAAGAACUGAUAUGCUUACUGUCCAUGCUAUUGGGUGGAAUCAACGUAAAGAGAAUGGCCUCCACAUUGCCUUGUCUUCCAGAUUCAAAAAGACAGUAGAAAACACCUUAGAUGCAACAGAGAGCCUGAAGAAGAUGCAGGACCAGUUGCAUUGCAGUGAUGACAUGCUAAAGCAGUGGGUUGUUGAUGUCAAGCAGUGGGCCAGUAGCGGAAAUGUAGCAGCCAGUUCUGUUGAUGCUCGUGGUUUGCAGAUCUCCAUCGAAGCACUCUUUGUGAGCAUUUGUCAGAAGAAGCACUACCUUUAUAGACAGAAUGAUCGCAACAAAAGGCGUCAGAAGAUUACUCAGAAGAUUGCCCAAGAAAAGAAGCGCUUGCUAGGUGAGAUCCAGAGAUACAACCAACAACCCAAUGGUGAUCCUGUGGACACACACUCGGUUGUGCAGAAACUCUCCAACAAAGCUGCAGAGAGCAUGAUCUGGCCUUGGCAGGAACAGAACACAGACGGUAUAGACAUUCUCGCCAAGAAGAAGCUUUUUGACCAACUAAUGCUGGUCUCACGACUGACUGAAGAAAAGCAGAUCCUUGUGAAGGAGAUGAUGCAGCACUGUCAGUACCUUAAGGAAUCCGUUGCAAAGGUCCAGACACUGGUAGCCACCAUUUCAGAUUGCAUAAAAACAGGAAGCUAUCCCAAUGGAUUCACAGAGGAGGCGUGCAAGGGCCUCAUCAGUCUACUGAAGAGAAGACUGCAUAACCUCAGUCUCAAGCAGCAGACUGUAGCAUGCACAUACAGAGGCAUUCUCGAACCAACUCCUAGGCUGGUGGAAGAAGAUGAAGGGGAAAUGGACUGGCAAUGUGACCUCAGCUCUGAGGAUGAGGAUGAUGAUGAGGAUGAUAAUGAUAAUGAUGCUGAGGUGGGGACUCAAGUCACUUGACUUGGGACUCAAGUCACAGUUGUAAUCCAUUUUGCUUUGACUUGUACUUUGAUGACUUGAAAAGGUUUUUAAAGUCUUGACAAAAGAUCUUGUUUUUGUAAGUGAGUUAGAUUGAAAGGGACAAAGUGACUCCUCAGUUGUUUGUUCCUGCAGUUAUCCGUAUUUUGCUACAUAUGUUCUCAGAUUAUACUCUUAUUUUUUUUGUGUUACUGGAAUUGUAAUAAUCAUGGUUAUGUUUGCAACUGAUAAUGUCUGUAAAAUAUUUGCUGAUACCUGUAUAUAUGUGUAUGGAAACAGAAAUACAAAUUUGAUUUGU